AUCAUACGAUAUUUAGCAGCCCAUCUCAUUUAAAAGGCAACAUUUCUCAGCGAACGCUCGUAGAAAGUGGUCAACCAAUGAGCUGAGAAGAAUACUGUUCCCUAUCGAAGAAGUGGGUUUUCUCAGUAGCGUGGCGGAGGGCAAUACCGGUUCGAUUUAUCAUCUCUUGGCAGUGUCGUGGAGCUGUGCUUAGUCCAGUGGUUAGUCAUUGAUACAUAAAGGACAUUCGGGAAGGACUACGAACGAUACGGCAAUACGGCAAUAUUAGAUAUAAUUUGAUUUUAUUCAAGAAGAAAGAAAAAAAUAAGAAAGUAAAUACGGACGAGGACGAUCGAACUAAGAGAGGAAGAAAUGUCGUUUCGACAAAAGACGCUUUUAUGCGUCAUCUUGAUUAUCGUCACAGUACAAUGUCAAAAAAAUAAAAAGGAUGAAGAUAAAAAAGAUGAAGAAUUCACAUGCCCGGAAGGUCAGGGAAAUGGAAAUUUCGCUGAUCCUGCAACCUGUAGAAGAUUUUAUCAGUGUGUAGAUGGAUAUCCGUACUUAAAUAGGUGUCCUUCGGGAUUACACUUUGAUGAUAUUAGCAAAUUUUGCACCUUCAAAAAUGAAGCCCGUUGUGGACCUAUUGCUGCGACUCCACCUCCGGUAACGGAUCCUCCAACGGAUCUUGCAGAGAGAUGUGAUACAGCAAACUGUCAGCUUCCAUACUGCUUCUGUUCACGCGAUGGAACGCUUAUACCCGGUGGUCUUCAACCGGAGGAGACGCCACAAAUGAUAAUAAUGACAUUUGAUGGAGCGAUAAAUCAUAAUAAUUUUGAUCAUUAUCAAAAGAUUUUUACACAAGAUCGAUUAAAUCCAAACAACUGUCCAUUGAAAGGUACCUUUUUCAUCUCUCAUGAGUAUUGUAAUUAUAAUAUGGUACAAAGUCUAGCGCACGAUGGUCAUGAAAUAGCUACGGAAACAAUAUCACUUCAAAAAGGAUUAGAAGAUAAAGGUUACGAAGAAUGGGUCGGUGAAAUGAUUGGAAUGCGAGAAAUCCUAAAGCAUUUUAGUAAUAUUUCAGCAAAUGAAAUCGUUGGUAUGAGAGGACCUUAUUUGAAACCUGGUCGAAAUACUCAAUAUAAAGUAUUAGAAGAUUUUGGUUAUAUAUAUGAUAGUAGUAUUGGAAUUUCACCUCUAAAAACACCUAUAUGGCCAUAUACUCUCGAUUACAAAAUACCUCAUGAAUGUAAAGCUGGUACUUGUCCCACUAAAUCAUUUCCAGGAGUAUGGGAAUUACCUCUAAAUGCACAUUAUGUUGAGAGUUAUGAAGGUGGACAUUGUCCUUAUCUAGAUCAAUGUGUCUUACAUAAUCAUGAUCCUGAAGAAGUAUUUGAUUGGUUGCAAGAAGACUUCAACAGAUAUUAUGAACAAAAUAGAGCACCGUAUAUGAUGCCAUUUCAUACUAAUUGGUUUCAAAUAAAGGAACUUGAAAGAGGACUUUCUAAAUUUCUUGAUUGGGCAGUGACAUUACCAGAUGUUUACUUUGUGACUGCCACACAAGCAUUAACUUGGAUAACUGAUCCAAAACCAGUUAAAUCUUUAAAUAAUUUUGAAGGUUGGUCAUGUAAGAAAAAAGAAAAUAUUCCUGGACCACCUUGUAAUAAUCCAAAUAAAUGUGCUUUGGACUUUAAGCCUCCAGAAUCCAACUUCACUACAACUAGGUAUUUGGAAACAUGUAGAGAAUGUCCUUAUAAAUACCCCUGGUUGGGAGACGCAAAAGGUACUGGAUUAUACAACGAUAAUUAUAAUCCUGAAAAAAAGUAAAUUUGUAUUGCUAAAUAAAUUAGGUGUAAUAUUAUGAUUGUCAGUUAAGUUACAUUUUGUUUAUUGUUAUCAUCAAAAUGGUUGCUAUAUGUGAUAAAGGUCAUUGAUUCGUUGGUAAAGAAUGUCUACAAAUUCUGAAUACCUAUAAAUAAUACAGUUUAUUUCAAGGAAAUACUAUCAUAUAUCUAUCUAAAGAAAUGCCAAAAUGUAUCAAGAAAUAUUCCUAUUAAGAAAUAUCUAUAUUUCAUUAAUUAUUCAAUAGUUAUGAACAGUAUAAAAAUCAUAUAAGGUUAUAUAUCUUAACCUUUUUUCUUUGCACAUAUUUUUUCAAAAAUUUCAUUUUUAAUAAAUAUAUGAUUUUUUUUUUUAUUGCAAGUCAUUUUGAUAGACUAGGUUAAAAUAUACAAUUAAAUACUCCACAUUCCUAUAAUUCUCAUGAAUUUUUCCUAAUUUAAUUCUCACUUAAACUAAUAAAAUACUAUUUGUUCAAUUAAUUUAUAUGUUAAGGUCUACUUUAUUUUAUCUAUUCUGUAAUUUUUAUGAAUUUAUAUAAGUCAUAUCAGAUUAAUUUAUUUAUUGUGUUACUAAGAACAUAGUGACACAAGAUAAGGUAAAUAUCUUAUGUAUUAAUUAUUUUUUAUACAAUAUAUUCAAAAAAAAAAAAAAAUAUAUGUAGAAGAUAUUAUAGCUACAAUUAUAACUCACUGAUCUAGUACAAUAUAGUUUAAAUAACUAUAUUAUUUAACGAAUUGGAUACCAAGGUUCAAACACUUCACCCCACUUUUUACGUUC